AUGGCUUUGGAAGUAAUGAAUGUAGAUCACAAGAUGAAAUUCCGCUCCAAGAAGGGCCAGCUCCCCUUCAUUGAACUCAAUGGAGAGGAAAUCGCUGACAGCACCAUCAUCCUGAAAGAAUUGGCCCAAAGAUUUGAAAAGGAUCCUGAUGCAGGACUUACCAAAGAUCAGAAGAACGUGUCUCAUGCUAUGAUCUCCAUGAUUGAGAACCACUUAGUCUGGGUGGUAGCGUGGUGGAGAACAAAAUACCCUGAUAAUGUGAUCAAAGGUUACAAGAUGAAUCUGCAACAUGCUUUGGGGUCAAAGUUGCCUAAUGGCAUCCUUAACUUAAUUUUCAAGUUCACCUUUGUUCGUAAGGGUGCCAAGAAGGUGAAAGCUCAAGGAAUUGGUGUCCACAAGCCAGAGGAAAUUAUUGAAUUUGGUCAGAAUGACUUGAGGGUGUUGUCAGAUUUGUUGGCUGACAAGCCUUUCUUCUUUGGUGAUGAGCCUACUACUUUGGAUAUUGUAGCCUUUUCAAGCUUUGCUCAGAUCUACUUCAUUGACAAAGAUGUGCAGUUCCAGCUUCGUGAUUUCAUGAUUGAAAACUGCCCGAAUUUGGUUGGCCAUGUGAACAGGAUGAAGGAAAGGUGUUACCCUGACUGGGAUGAAAUCUGCAAAACCCUGGACUUGAACUCUCACCUGCCAAAGCCACCCCCUGAAGAGAAGGAAACCAAGAGCAAGGAAGAAGAGAAGAAGAAAGAAAAAGAUGAGAAGGAAGGUGAUAAGGAAAUAGAGAAGGAAAUCGAAAAAGAAAUAGAGAAGGAAAAGUCUGAGAAAGAAGAGAAAGAGGUUGAGAAGGAUGUAGAAGAAAACAAGCAGAAAGAAGAGAAAGAAGCGAAGUGAAGUGGUGGUUGCUUGAUUCUCCCUUCAUUUGAUGUCUGACUGUGUAAAUGUGUGUUUGUGACCCAGCUUAGCUUGCUGCAACUCUCUCUCCAGUCACGGACACUUCUGAGAGCCCGUGCCUCGAUGAGAGAUAGGCUUUUUAUGUUCAGGAGCAAAACCAAACAAAAAAACAUAAAACCAUUUUAUAAGCGUUUAUAAAAAAAGAAUUUCGAAAGUUAUUUGUGUAGCUUUUUAUGAAAACGUUUUCUAUACAGUUAUAUGUAUAAGGGAAGCAAGAACUAGAACACUUACGUUGUCUCUUAGAAAGAAAAUGAAUUUAAUUAAUUUUACCCUUUGAACUUUUUGAAAUGUGUUUUACUGUUCUACAAAAAUAUUCCAGUCAUUCAUUCCACUUUGCCUUCUUAAUGUUUUGAGGAUUUUUGAAAUAUUUAUGUUUGUAGUAAAAUAGGUUGUAGCCAUUGUGAAAUUUAUCAGGAGGGGAGAUUUGUUGAGAAAUCUGCCCUUUUUGGCUCAAGAAUCUACUGUGACUGCAAAUUGUAGGGCAAAGAGAAUCUGCAUGAAAUAGGUUUCUUAGGGUUUGGCCAGCACGAUGACCUGAGGCAGAAUUGUGGGUGAAGAGAAGUAUGAAAGAGAGAAUGAAAGACAGUAUAAUUAUUAUGGCAAGAUUUUGCUCAGAAAAGAAAUUCAGUGCAAAUACUGUAAGUAGAUUGAGAUUUAAUAUCCCCCAUUCCCCAUUUAUUGUAAUUACCAUAAUUUAAUCUGUAGUGAACCCUUCAAAGUAUACACUACAGGAUCCAUUUCAAUCACUUGGCUGCAGAAUUUAAAAUGAAUCCAUAUAAAUAGUCAUGGUCAAGUGAUUUUUGUUUGUCGUAUGUAUAAGAAAUAACAUAUAUAGAUAAUCUAAUUGUUUAAUAGAUGUAAGAAAGCAUUUAUUUUGGGGACUGAAGAGAUUGAUGUUCGUUCUUUCUUUUGCUGUCGAAAGAGUGCAACUGGUAUGAUGCUGAUUUACAGAAACUACUAUCUUAAUUGUGUGAAAGGGAAAUGGUGCUGUCUCAGCAUUAUAUGGAAUUCAAAACAUCAGCAUUUGUGAAGUGCAAACUGUGGUGCAAGGUUAGACUCGCGGGACCAGCAGUGGACACUUUUUUAUGUUUUACAAGACAUAAAAAAACCAUCAUCUUGAACAACUAUGCAACGAGUUGGACUGGUUCUGUUCCCUAGUGUACCAAAUCACCUUCACUAUGAAGCGGAGGUACGGAUUUGGUCAAGGAGAAACAGGGCGGGCCAAACAUCACUUCAUAUAUAUAUAUAGUAUUCGAUGGAGUUUCCUUUUAAUUGUUCGUACAUGCAGCUUAUGGAUAAUAUAGCUGCCUGAACAUGUUUAUAUAUAUAUUAUAGUAAUGUAAGUGAAGUAUACCCUUGAUUUUUUUUUUCCCACCACUUCUGCUUGUUUUUAUCAGUUAGUGUAGGCAUAGUUGUAUACUAAGAUUUUAUUAUGAAAAACAAAGUAAAAUAUUUCAAAAAUAUGUGAAUUUAAAGAGAAAAUUAUGGUGUCGCAUAGAAACAGCAAAAGUGUACGAUAUAUAUAUAAUGUAUGUUUUUUAUGCAAUGGAAGAGGUUGUUUUGUGGGUGGUGCUUGCUGUAACUAAAGAUGGUAAAUAUCUGAAAAUUGUAAUGCAUAUCAAGGGAAGAAGCUUGACUGGGGAGUAUAAUCACAUGUGAGGUGGGCCAUCCAGUCACUCUUAAGGUAGUUCUGAAACAUCACUUACAUCUUCCUCUCCCCCAAAUGUCCUGUUGAACAUAUUUGCUGGAAAUACUCAGAAUAGAUUGAUGAUUAUUAUAUAAUUAUUAUUAUUAUUAUUAUUAUACAGCAUAUCCUCUUCUCCCAUACCAUACUCUUUAAUUCAUAAAUAUAUAUAAAUAUAUAUCGCUUCUUUUUUGCUUUAUAUGCUGUAAUUAAACCAUUGCCCAAUAAAGUAAAAAUAUCUGAUUUUUAGGUUAAUUCUUGGACUGCAUUAUCCUCACCAUCCACUAACAUUAUUGCAGUUAUUGAGUAAGAGAAAGUGUGCAUGAAUAAUGAGCUCGGUGGAAAAUGGGAAUUCAUACUUGGGACACUUGUAAGUUUGUUGCUGCUGCCCAGUGUUAUUCAUAACACUUUACUGAACUCUAAGAGACUAGCGUGACCUCUUUUGGAAGAGAUGACAUCAAGGGAGACUUGACUUGACUUCAGCUAAACAGGGUUGUAAAUGCAGCUUUUGGGCCAUGGGACUGAUCUUUCUUCCUACUGAUCAAAGCUGCCUCAAAUGAAAUUAAUUUACUUUCAUGUUCUUUGUGACUGUUUGCAGCAGGGGAGUGAAAAACAAAGAUUCAACUUUUACAUUUGAGCACAAGUGUCAUUGAGUUUUAUAUGGUUUUGAAUUGAAUUGCAUGAAACAAGUCUUAAUCUGGGAUGUCAUGUGGAGCAGUAAAAUGUUCCUAUGUAAAAGUAUGUCAGGGAAACUGGUCUGAUUAACAUUCCUGCCCUUUCCUUUGAAGAAUUACAACAGCAUUUUGAAGCGCCUGAAUUCAGAGUUGCGAGUUAUAUAUUGUUUAUUUAAAGUUUACAAAAGCAGUAAAAAUACCUGCUUUUCAAAAACAUUUGUUUUUCAAAAAGUAGAAAUGCAGGCUUCCAAGCAUGGGUAUAAAUUGUUGGUGAAAAUGGGACAUUGAAAUAAUUCAGGCUGUCUUCCAAGCACACCCAGAAUGUACUGAACUAGUUCACAAGAAGUCAAAUGUUAAUGUUAUGGGAGAGAAAGAUAAAUGAAUUUAUAGAAUGAAUCUUACUGUCAUAAUGAAUUGGAUCCUGUGAACUGUGUGCAGUUGGGUUAAUGUUUGUAUGAUAUUAAGAGAAAUUCACUUUUCACUGCUGUUUGAUGUACUUGUUCCAAGUGUGACACAUUUUUUUGUUAGUCGUAACAAUCUGUGAAUACCUGGAGUGAAUGGUUUUCUAAAUUUACAUGUGUCCUCUAAUAUUUAGUGCUCAUCUUUGCAAUUGUAGUUGCAUUGAUUAUUGCUACCAGAAGAAUGUGAUGAGCAUCUUGCUGCACAGUGUACAAGGAAGCAACUUGUACUGGACAAGUAGGAUCUGCAAGGAUUGGGGUGGUCACUGGAGCAAAACUUUCUCCUAUAAGAAACCCAAAGGCUAUCUCAGUAUUUCCCAAACUUUCAGACCUGCGGAUCUCACUUUUAUUAUAAAUUUGUUGCUGCUGCCCGAUGGUAUUCUCCUUACCAUUAUAUAUGUGUAAAUAUAUAAAUGAUAUUUCUUUGCAGUCACCUGAUCAUACAUUACAGUAAGAUAAAGUUGUCUGCUCAAACCACAAAAUAAAUGCAAUCUAUUCCACUAUUUAUUUGUUACAGAAUUAGGGAUAACAAAUUACAUCUUUAGAAAUGGAGAAUAUAGCAGAGUGUAUGGUUAAAAAGUAAUUAUUGUGAUUGCAUAUUUGUAUACAAGGAGGAAAUUUUUGCCAUUGUAGGACUGAACAUUGAAUCUGUUCCACAGUUAACUUGAAGUCUGUCCUCAGAUAUUAUAGGAAAAUGUAUAGUGAUAUUGCUGAGGACCAGUAUUUUUCCAGUAACUGAUAUCAGACCACAGUUUGGGAAAUGCUGGGCUAGCAUUUAUUUGUAGUAUAGUGAGUGUUCAGUAAAUGUGAUUUGUCUACUUCAGUGGUCUCGUUCAGUCCUUUCUCAUCCUGGUGGAAAUAGUUUCUGUAUAGAUUACAGUUUGUAAACUUCAUUUCUGAAUAUUGCAGAUUAGUAUGGAGAUGCUAAUGAUGGUUCUAAUUUCUCCUUGUGGAAACUUUUUAAUUUCAUUGCUUUUGUGUAAAUAUAUUCUCCACUUUAUGGAAAAGGUAAGUGAGAUGAAUAUUCUGGCUAAAAGUAGCAAUUGGAUGAUGCUUCUUAUUGAAGCAUAC